AUGGCUCCUUGUGCACCAAAGAUGAUUGCAAACAAGGUUGAAAUUGACAAGCUCAACGACUUUGAUGAGUCUUGGGCUGCUAUUAUCACUGUUGAGGAGAAGUGUCGUUUAAGAGCUAACAUUCAUGACGAGAGCGGAUCAAUCCAAGCUAGCAUUUUCGGUAGCAUCGCAGAAAAGAUAUUGGGUUUCACUGCAACAGAAAUCAUUGAGAACCCUGAAAAGAUUGACAUGGAAUCUGAAAGAUCUGCCAAGCAGCAGGCCGGUGGACCAACGGCGGCGUUGUGGUCUCAUCCUUGGACUCUGGCAAAUCUGCAGCAGCGAGUCCUAAAUCAUCAGCAGCAGCAACAAUUGGGAUCACCAGAUCAACAGGUGAUUGCCAAGCUGACACAGGACAGGAUGAAGGCUUGGAAUAGGGCAGUCUUGGAAAGUGUGGGAUCUUUGGAGGCAAGGGAGCAACAACGUCUGAAACGCGCGGAAGAAAUGAGAGAGAAGUCUAUGGAGGGUAUCAAUGAUUGUGGGUUUUCCCAAAAAGUAGUCACAACAAGAAUGGUUAAUUACUAA